UGGCCUCAAACUCAGACGUCUUCCUGCCUUUACCUCCCUAGUGAUGGGACAAAAGACAUGAACUACCACCACCCAGCUUUAUUUUCUGGUCAUAUAUUAUUAAAUAUUUCAUAAAGCAGUCUUAAAGACCACAAUAAAUAUUCGCAGGAAACUCUAGAGUGAGCGUUGGCGUUGUUAUGAAGAAAUGAUUUGUUAUGAAGAAAUGAGGCCAAGGGUGAUUUAGUGCUUACUCAGCUUUGGUUGAGAGUUAAUUCUCCAGAGACCGAGGAGAGGGUUAUAUAUGCAAACCUAACAAGAGAAAACUGGGUUUGUACUGUUACCUAUUUAAAUUGUCUUUUAAUGACACUGUGCUGAUCUAACUCCCUCUAUCAAGCACCAAGCAUUUAGGCACUGACAUAUCUGAUACUGCUGAUGCACUACGUCAUAGAAACUGGUGAGUAUCUACCUUCAUCUCUCUGUGCGUUUGUGAGUGCCUCUGUAUAUGAAUGAUCUCCAGAAACAAGGAAAUAUGUUUGCAGUUCUGAUAAUAAAACCAGAGUUUCCCAAACACUGGGCAGUUUCUGUACCACCAAUCUAUCUCCAAGCCAGUAAUAAAAUUAUUGGAUGGGAGGUCAGAUAAUGUAUCCUUUGUGCUGGCACAGUAAGUUGAUGAUGUGGUCUUACACUUGAACCUGAAAAUUUAAUGAUGAUUCUGAGCAAACGAGAGUGUUCUAUAGAUGUUGGGGGUCUAAUCUCCAGUUGUCAUGUGUGUGACAUGUGUGAUGUGUGUGACAUGCGUAUUACCUUUGCUUUUCCCACAACCCCCUUCUCAUUGUUUUUAAAGCAAUUUCCAAGGUGCUGGGUGAGGUCCAAAUUCUAGUGUUAUGGGAACAAGAAACAUCAAAUCUACAGGACUGAGAAACCUGGCUAAAUCUAGGAACAAAGAGGCAGCAGAGAUAUGGUUCAAAGAAAGAUGAUAUCAUUCUUAAUCCAGAGGUUAUCUAUCUAAAGUAGGGUAGAGUGAGAAUGGAAGGCUGGAGUGAAGUUGGCUGGAUAACAGAACAGAAAACAAACUCGUGUUUUGGGAGUGCUUAAGGAAUACUGUAAACAGCAUAUGAACCCUUAUUCCUCAUAGGAUGCACUGAAUUGCCUUCGGGUACUUGUUCAGGUCAAAGGCUAUGGGAACCUUCAACACCAGUUUGGGAGGAGGCUUCAUUUUGGUGGGCUUCUCAGACUGGCCUCUACUAGAACUCAUCUUCUUUAUUUAUAUUUUGAUUUUCUACUCUAUAACUCUCUUGGGAAACACAGCCAUCAUUGCUCUCUCCCGAAUGGACCUUCGACUGCACACCCCCAUGUACUUCUUUCUGUCUCACCUCUCCUUCCUGGACCUCUGCUUCACCACCAGCACUGUGCCCCAGCUCCUCAUCAACCUCCAUGGACAUGACAGGACCAUCAGCUAUGGAGGAUGUGUGGCCCAGCUGUUCAUAUUUCUUGCUCUGGGAUCCACAGAGAGUGUGCUCCUGGUGGUGAUGGCUUUUGACCGCUAUGCGGCUGUGUGUCGUCCACUGCACUAUACUACCAUCAUGCACCCCGUUCUCUGCCAGGCAUUGGCUAUUGCUUCCUGGGUAGGAGGCUUCUUGAACUCUCUGAUUCAAACAGGCCUCAUGAUGACCAUGCCACUCUGUGGACAUCGACUGAAUCACUUCUUCUGUGAGAUGCCUGUGUUCCUCAAGUUGGCCUGUGAAGACACAGGAGGAACAGAGGUCAAGAUGUUUGUGGCCAGAGUGGUGAUUGUUGCAGUGCCUGCCAUGCUCAUUCUAGGCUCCUAUGCACAGAUUGCUAGGGCAGUGCUGAAGGUCAAGUCAGUGGCUGCACGCAGAAAGGCUGCUGGGACUUGUGGCUCCCACCUCCUGGUGGUAUCUCUGUUCUAUGGCUCAGCCACCUAUACAUACUUACAACCCAAAGACAGCUAUUCUGAGAGCAAGGGGAAGUUUGUGGCCCUUUUUUAUACUAUCGUCACCCCCAUGCUCAACCCUCUGAUCUAUACCCUGAGAAACAAGGAUAUGAAAGGGGCUCUGUGGAAGGUGCUAGGAAGAGCUGCAGCCACAGGGUAGGAGGAAAAUGCUGAUGAGUAAAACAUCUUAUAUACUGAAGUCCAGAGGGUUUUUCAUUGGAAGAGGGGAAUUGGGUGUCAAAAAAACUACAAUUAGUUAUGUACAUGCAUGAAGCUGUCCAUACUCACAAAAAUAAAAGACAAGACAGCAAACCAAACCAAACCAAACAACAAAACCAAUCCUAGGAUGGCAAGAUGCUUAGAGGAUAAAGGCACUUGUGGCCAACCCUGAGGAUCUGAGUUUGAUGCCUGUAUUCCACAUUGUAGUAGGACACAAUCAAGUCCUCCACACACAAGUGUGUGUGUGUAAAGCAAAUAAAUCACAAAACUUGAAACAAAAUAAAACAUUCCCCAGCAGCCAUAGGGUUUUAAUGCCUUCCUUGUUUGGGAGCUGGAGUAAGGAUCUUCUCCCUGGGUUACUGUCUGUCCUUGCUGCUCAGCAAAGAUAAAUGCAGAUGCAGACACAACUUUGCACAGGAGCCUGGGAGAGGUGGAUUGUGAGCACCUGUGAAAGUGGGCUGAGUUCUUGGCAAGUCUGAUUGUCACAGUAUUUUAAAUUUUGAAUGGCAACACUCAAAGUCAGAUCCCCAUACAUUCAGAUACUAUACUUUGAUCAAAUCCAAACCCAGUUCCUUCUUUCUAUUUCUUUCCUGUUGCUCAAAACCACUUUGCUCUCACAACUUCCUGCCCUUUUAUAGACUUUAUGACCCACUGGAUCUGUGUAGGGUUACCUGCAUGUGCAUGGGUGUGGAGCAUCAGCUCCAAGUGGGACCUUAAUAUCACCCCACUUUUUAAAUAUAUCAUGACCCGGUCUGAAGUCAGCCAUAACUUAUGCCCUGUUUUUAAGGCCUCUUACAUUAGUGCUUUCCAUUCUUUUGCAAGCAGAGCUGCCCCAUGUAAUGUGUGAAUUUGAGACAUGGGUUAGUCUUCCCUCUUGGAGAAGAAGGCAGAGUCAUUUCUGCUGCAGUCAAGCAACAAAGCUCUCCCAGCAGAGCUAUGAGCAUCUGCCUUAACAACUGGCUAGAUUCCUUCCCUGUUAGUGAUGUGAACAGGAUAAAUGAGUAUACAAAUGUCUAAGAACUCAACAACUAAUAUACACCCAGUUGCAAGAUUAGUAGCCUAAAGGAAAAAUUCAAAAAUUUGAUAUCUUAUAUAUGUCCAGAUGCAAACAUCAAUAUAGAAAAACUAUUUGUAAGAAAAUUAACCAUAAAAAGGGAAAGGCUACUACUUAUCAUUUGACCAGGUAUCUCAAAGUUGAUUUGGGGUUCCAUCUCACUCCUCUUCAUCUGUUUAAUUCAACUACCAGAAUUCCAUGAAAUUGCUUACUUCCAUGCAUUGAAAUGGUGGUUUUAUGUGUAAAA